CUCCUACUCACCAGAGGAAACAGGAACUCUUGACAAGGAAAGGAAACUCCUGCUGCUUGGUAUGGAAAACGUACUAUCCCAAAACCACAUCCUCCAGUUGUAGGUGAGGUGACCCACCACAGCAUUCAACUCUCUUGGGAUUUGGAAAAUACAGCACAAAGAAAAGGACCUCAAGAGCAAUGGCUAAAGAUGUCAAUUGAAGAAGAGGACCCCAAAUUACAUACCUAUGGUACCAUUUAUACGGGCUAUGCUAGACAACAUGUCAUAGAAGGUCUUCAGCCAAGAACGACCUACAGAUUUCGACUAAAGAUCACUAGCCCUACAGGGGACUGUGCUUAUAGUCCAGCUGUCUCUGUAUCCACUACAAGAGAGCCGAUGAGCGGAGAGCAACUUCAUCGAGCUGUCAGUAUGAAUGACGUAGAGGCAGUUCUUAACAUUCUUCAGGGAGGACAUGUGAAGGUGGAUGUUCCUGAUAAACUAGGCUUUACUGCUCUGAUGGUUGCUUCGCAGAAAGGAUAUGAUAGGCUUGCGAAAAUAUUGGUACAGAAUGGAACAGAUGUAAAUCAGAAGAAUGGAAGUGGAAAGGACAGCCUAAUGUUAGCUUGUUUUGCUGGUCACCUGGAUAUUAUUAAAUACCUCAGAGAACAAGGAGCUUCUUGGGAAGUCAGAGAUCUGGGAGGUUGUACAGCUUUGCACUGGGCUGUGGAUGGAGGACAUUGUGAGGUUAUUGAAUGGAUGAUUAAUGAUGGCUGUCAG